CCUAACGCCACCAUGAGAGCCAGGAUGAGAUUGUUGCUGCUGGUCUUGGCAGCAGCUGUUUGUGUUUCAAACGCUCAAACCAACAACAACAGCAACGACAACAAGCAGCAGCAACGCAGCAUCUGGGAUGAGGCCAUCAAAUUCAACACCAAGACCAAAGACUCGUGCACCAUGGUGGUGUCCGGAGCUGGGGACUAUACUCGCCUGCGUGUCUCCUGCAAAGGUCAGACCCCAGGACGCUCCUACUACUGCGACUUCCAAGGCAAACCCAACCUGUGCCGCGCCUACAACCUCAACCCUCGCCACUACUUCACCCAGAUGAUGUGGGAUCUGAGGAAGCUGAGCCAUGCCUGCCAGGGACCCAGAAUCUACCGCCCCCAGAUGUGCAAGAAGUACCCUGACGAGGCUCAGAUGACCUUCCUGGCCUCCUGGCCUAAGACCACCACCCCAAAGCCCUCCAAGCCCGUCCAGGAGCCACGUAGACCAGCAGUGCCAGCCCAGACCAAGCCGGCUACUACUCCUAAACCUGUGAAGCCCCAGUCUCAGCCCAUCAAGCCCCAGCCAGGCAAGGGCCCCCAGACCAAGAAAACUACCCUCAAGCCUGGGAAGACCACUACUCGUCCCACAGAGCAGCCUGGCUCCAAAGCCUCCCGCAUGGCUACUGAAUACUGCUGGAAGAGCUUCCAUGGCAUCUGUACCUACUUCAUCAGCUGGUUCCAAAACUGA